CAAACCUUCAGAAUGGUAGAGGAUGUUAUCGAAACCUUCCGAGAUUACUUAAAAAUCCGGUCUGUUCACCCUGAUCCUGAUUACGAUGGAUGUGUCGAUUUUGUGAAGAAUAAAGCAGACGAAUAUGGGUUCAAAACAAAAAUUUUACGACUUGAUGAAAAGCGUCCUGUGCUUAUUGUAACUCUCGAAGGUUCAGAGCCAAGCCUUCCUUCUAUUUUGCUCAACUCGCAUACAGAUGUGGUCCCAGUAUUCGAAGAGGAAUGGAGCUAUGAUCCUUUUGGAGCCGAGAUGGACAAGGAAGGAAACAUCUACGCCAGAGGUACACAGGAUAUGAAAUGUGUUAGCAUUGCCCAGUUGGAGGCUUUGAGAAGGAUUAAAUUUUCUCAGGUCAAACUGAAGCGGACAGUGCAUAUGACCUUGGUACCAGAUGAAGAAAUCGGUGGCCAUAAGGGAAUGGCGAAAUUCGUUCAGACUCAAACUUUUAAGGACUUAAAUGUUGGCUUCGAUAUCGAUGAAGGGUGUUGUGCUCCAGCUGAAGAUUUCAUUGUUUUCAAUAACGAAAGAUGUUCAUGGGGAGUAAUAAUUCACUGCCCUGGUUCCACUGGACACGGCUCACUCCCUCUUGAAAAUACAGCAGGAGAAAAAUUACGAAUAGUAAUUGACAAUUUCAUGGAUCGCAGAGAAGAUGAAGCAAAGAAUUAUCAAGGAGUCCUGCAUUUAGGAGAUAUAACAACAAUAAAUUUAACUCGACUUGAGGGUGGUCUUCAAAAUAAUGUUAUACCCCCCGAAUUAAUUGUUGGUUUUGACAUAAGGAUAGCUGCAGACGGCAACCAUGAAGAAUUGGAAAAAUGGAUAUAUGAUGUCUGUAAAAAAGCUGGAGAAGGAGUUUAUCCAGAAUUUAUUCAUAAAAAUCCAAAAGUUCCAACAACGCUUUUAACCAAUGAAAGCCCAUAUUGGUCAGCAAUGGAGUCAACACUGAAAGAUCUGGGUUUAAAGUAUUGUACACUCAACUGUCCUGGAGGGACAGAUGCCAGAUUUGUCAGAGGGCUUGGAAUACCAGCAGUUGGUUUUUCGUCUUUUAAUCUUACACCAAUAAGACUCCACGCUAACGAUGAGUUUCUGAAUAAAAAUAUUUUUCUCACAGGCAUUUCAAUUUACGAAAAACUGAUUAAAAACGUCGCAAAUGUAUAA